GCAAGGUCACACCAUUUGGUUCUGCAAUACAAGGCGGGAAGAUGAGAGACUGAGGCUGAUCUAUUCUAACAUGGAUGGAGACAUAUAUGAUCUAUUCUAGCAUGGAUGGAGACAUAUAUGACCAGUUCAGAGAAUAUAUCGGCAGAAAGGUCCCUAGCAGAGUAAGGGCGGAGGCCCAACGGAGAGUGGUGGCACGACAAGCUCCUCCUGUCACGUUCCCGUUGUGGCAGGAGAGAGAGGACCCACCAAUUAGAGUAGAAGAGGUGGGGAGUGAUGAGGAAGUGACCCAGAGGCUCCGGGCAGGGGUUAUAAGAGAAAAACCCAUAAUCAUCGAGUCAGAGGACGAGAGCGAGGAGGAAAGGGUAGAACCCGCGUCGGUCCUACUGGGGAAGAUGGAAGAGCUGCUGGACAAAGUGGGGAGAUACCAACGGAAGUUGGUAGGUUUCUGCGACGAAGUGAAAGAGUGGAGGGCGAAUCUCCCCAAGGUCUUCCUCUAUGGUUCUGGCCCAGAGUCCAUGCCAGGACGACCUGGAGUGGCCACCGUGGGGUCAUGCCCUCGGUCAGGAAUGAUGACUAGGCCUCCUACACCGCAAGGAAGGCUGGCGCAGGCAGCCCGUACUCGAGGUCAAGGUAAGGCCAGUGCGAGUCAAGGGCCUCCUCAAAAGGGACCUGAGCCAGAAAAAAGGAAGGAAACGGUGGAAGUGGAGGAUGACGACGAGGAUGAGGAAGAGGAUGAGAGGUUGCGUCAAGAAGAAGAUCAAAGGGCGGAGCAAAGGGCCAGGAAGAGGGAAAGUCGGGAGGAAGCUGAACCGGUCCUGCGCGAUGUACCGCCCAAGAAAAAGAAGUAUGCAGUCCGGUUAGAGGAAGGGUUUGAUGUGGAGAGGGUGAUCGACAGGCUGCUUGGAGGCCAUAAUGAUCUUAUGACCCUCAAGGAGAUCCUGGCGUCCGCCCCAAGGCUCCGCAAUGAGCUGAAAGGUAGACUGUCGAGGCGGUUGGUACCGAAUGUCCACCUCAGUGUGAUUCUGCCAAAGGAGAUGGAAUGGGCAGAACCAGGAACGAAGAUGGACUGGAAGUGUGUGGCAUGCGGUAUGGUGGACCUAGUAGUAAGAGGUUCCAAGUGCGCAACAAUGGUGGAUACGGGGGCCGAGAUGAAUAUUAUCCGAGAAGCUGACGCCAUCAGGUUUGGGUUGGAAAUAGACCGCUCGGAUUGCGGCAUUCUGCAUGGGGCCAACAACAAGGCUGUGUUUUGCGGGACCGCCUCGAAUGUACUGCUGGAGAUUGGAAGGGUAAAGGCAAGAGCUUGCUUCUUCAUAAUGCCAGACGUGGACCAUGGCAUUCUCCUAGGGAGAUCCUUUUUGUGCAGGACAGAGACCCUAAUGUACAACAAGCAUGACGGGUCGCUAAUCCUGAUCUUAUGUGAUCCAGCGUGCGGAAAUUAUGAGGUAAUUACCUGCCGGAACACUGAACCAAUAAGCAUAAGGAACAGGCCCAAUCCUGGCUCUUUCACCAUUGAGGAGUCUGAAGAUGAGCAUCACAGACUUAUGGCAGAACCUGAGGAAGAGGUAAGAGGAGAGGCGUUUUCACUCAGCUUGUUUGACGUGAAUAAGGCCAUGGACAUAGUAGCUUAUGGCAGAACCUGAGGAAGAGGUAAGAGGAGAGGCGUUUUCACUCAGCUUGUCUGACGUGAAUAAGGCCAUGGACAUAG